UAUCUCACUGUAUCACACCGAUGACCGAAGACACCGAAUUCAGGAAUCUUACGGGCGGCUUUUGGUCGAACUCUGAUUCAAUUUAUAUCGUUAAUUGAUAAUUGAUUCAACCGGUAGAAUUAUUUCUUGUGCCUUGGAACCUUAUUUACGUCGCGGCAACACGUGCGGAGCUUCGCCAAUUAACGUCGUGAAAACCACGAGGACGAGGAACGUACGGUGCGGACGUCGUCGGGGAUAACCGGUAGCGAGCUCGAGGAUGCUUCCCGUUCGGCAGGUGCUUCGUCUCGGCGCACGUGCGUUGCGCACGCGGCACGUGGCGUGCUGUCACGUUCCAGUUCUACGGAAGCCAAGCGGCUUCGUCGGGGUGCCGCCGUGUCACGCGCGACUCGUUCACGAGGACGGCGGCGGCGGCGGCGGUCGCGCAGAAUUGGGCAAGCUGGAAGGGAAGAUGAAGCUGAUGUUCACGUGCAAGAAAUGCAAUACGAGGACCAGCAAGCUGAUAUCGAAGCUCGCGUACAACAAGGGGGUGGUGAUAGUGAGAUGCGACGGCUGCCACAACAAUCACCUUAUUGCCGAUAAUCUGGGAUGGUUCUCAGAAAUAAAUAACCGGAUAAACAUCGAGAAGCUCAUGGCCCUGAAGGGCGAGACCGUGCGAAAGAUAAUGAAUGACAGGGACGGCUAUUAUGACGCUGUCUUGAAUGAGGAUGCCGAAUGCGAGAUGAAGUCAGGCAACGAAUGCCCCGAUAAAGUUAAAAUGAUUGAGGAAUCGAAGGGGAGUUGAAAUUUCCCCUUUAAGUCUCUAGUCUAUCCCCUAAAUAAAAGUACAAUAAUAAAUGUAGAUGUAUAAUGAUAAUUAUAAUAAAUACAAGCGUAUAAAAUGUUCUCUGUUAC